AUGGCGAAACCCAAUGAUCUAGAGGAGGGGCUCUUCAAGGGUAAAAUUCUUCUUCAGACCUACAAAGCGGUAUUCACAUCAUCCUCCUCAGCUAAAGAUGUUGAAGGUGAUGGUGAUGGGGCAGAUAUCAUUCAAAACAACAGGUGUGCUAAGAAAUCCUUCAAUGCACUCAAGGUCAAGAAGCAUGUAGCAAAUAUUAUCAAUAUGGAGAAAGUCACCCCUCGGUCAAUCACAUACAUAAUUUGCCAAUCUGUCGAUGGGGACUUUGACUAUGUCCAAUUAUGGCAGACCAUUGUGGACUUCUUCGAAAGGCUUCCUGGUCAAGAAGAUCAGCACAGGGUAGACAGGCUCCUGGAGUGGUGGACUAGGAAAGUUUUUGGAAGGAGUUGCUGUGACGACCUCAGCCAAACAGCAAAGGAAAACAUGUCUGUAAAUGUGCUUGCAAGGCAAAGGGCAGCACAUGACGAUGCUGCUUUCGACUCUCCAUCAUAG